ACAAUGGAUAUCCGGCUUUCCGACAAGCUUUGGCAUUCCCGUGAAGCUUAGAGCCUUAGACUAGACUUGCCCAAUUCUGUCUGCGCAUGUUAACUUUCCCGCUAAAACAUAUGAUCUCUCCUGCUCUGAGUCAUCUCCCCUCUUGGCCUCCGACUCCGUCACCACAGCUUCUCCCUCCCCCCCGUUGUUACUCAUCAACUUUUUUUCCUCGUUGUCCUCCUCUGCUUGGUCGUCCGUUUCUCUUCAAAUCCAUCUCCAAAUCCCUGGGAGUGCGAGUCUGCUUCUGUUGUGGUACGGAUUCUUCAACGGAGGAGAACGAUGAGCUUAAGGUGGAAUUGGGACGGUUGUUGGCGCUGUUGCCGGAGGGGAUGCGGCGGAGAGUGCGUGAGCACCCGGAAUUCCACCACCUGAUUGAGGUUGUCAUGGAUUUGGGUCGCAGGCCUUUGGCUCGCUUCCCCUCCGGCGACUUCUUCCUCUCCGAUCACCCUAUCAUGUUCCACGAUCUCCAACACGCCACAUCCCAGGUUGGUGACUUUGCUAUUGACAACCGUGCAGGCAUCAGUAGAACCUUGCACCGCAUCAGUGCCAUUAGGAAUCGCAAAGGUUCAAUUAUAGGUUUAACCUGUCGUGUUGGUCGGGCAAUAUCGGGAAGCGCUAAUUUAUUGCAGGACUUAGUGAAGGAUGGGGCUUCUUUGCUGCUUAUUGGGCCUCCAGGAGUUGGAAAGACUACGAUAAUUAGGGAAAUAGCUCGGAUGCUUGCCGAUGACUACAAGAGACGUGUGAUGAUUGUUGACACCUCAAAUGAGAUAGGUGGUGAUGGUGAUAUUCCUCAUGCAGGUAUUGGUAAUGCUCGCAGGAUGCAAGUCCCCAACUCUGAUAUGCAGCAUAAGGUGUUGAUUGAGGCGGUAGAAAAUCAUAUGCCCCAAGUAAUUGUCAUUGAUGAAAUUGGUACGAAACUUGAAGCAAUAGCUGCAAGCACGAUUGCACAGCGUGGGAUACAGUUAGUUGCCACUGCUCAUGGAGUAACAAUAGAGAAUCUAAUUGUGAAUCCUUCUUUGGAGAUGCUCGUAGGAGGGGUACAGAGUGUGACACUAGGUGAUGAAGAGGCUAGCAGGAGGGGCGUCCAAAAGACUGUGCUGGAGCGGAAAGGACCUUCAACAUUUACUUGUGGUGUAGAGAUUAUGUCCAAAUCUGAGUUGCGAGUUCACCGUAGUCUUGAAGCAACUGUGGAUGCUAUCCUUUCAGGUUGGUCUCCAAAUUUUGAAGUUCGCAAAAUAAAUUCCAAGGAAUUGGAACAUGGAACACUAACUGUUCAGAAGGAACAACUCAUUGACGUUUCCUCCCUGGAGCAUAAUGAAGUCAUGAUCAAUGACAUUCCAGAGAUGAAUGAAGAAAAAAGUAGCAACAAUGAGUUCACUAAUGAGUUUCCAGCAAACAUGGAUGAGAGUUCUUACAACGAUGAUUUGCCCCGUCAUUUAUAUGUCUAUGGGAUCCCAGAGACAAGCGUUAUACAAGGGAUCAAACAGAUGAAAGUGGAUCAUGUGAUUGGAUUAACCAAUAAUAUCAGUGCAGCAGAUGCCCUGCUUGCCUUGCAGUCCAAGUUAAAGAAGAACUCACGAAUUCAAGCUGCUGUUAGAUCCCAUGGCAUUCCCAUUUAUGUGACAAAGACAACCUCGAUGGUGCAGAUAAUGAAGGCAAUGCAAGCAUUCCUGAAUGAACAUGCAGUUGGGUUAAAGGGUUUAAAAGCUGAUGAAAAGAUGGGUUCAUCUGAUAAGAUUGACGCACUAGAGGAGGCUCGGUUAGCCAUCGAGCAAGUUGUAAUCCCAAAAGGGGAACCUGUAGAGCUACUGGCAAGGUCAUCCCACAUUAUGUCCCUUCAGAUGGAUCUCAUUCAAAAGUACCAGUUACAAUUGGAGAAAGUCGGCAAGGAGCCAGAUGUACGACUGAGAAUCCUUCCGUUUCAGAUUAAGAUGGACGAGAGUAUGCAUGUUCAUGACAAGAUUGAGACAGAAGAUGAAGAUGGUGAUUGUAGCAGCAGAGUCGGUGAAAUGAACGGUUCUUUCUACAGUGUAGACAGAUUACCUCUCCUCCCUGAUUAACCCAAGGCACAAAUAAUAAAAUGAUUUUUUCUAUGUAAAUCAAUACAUUGGUGUGCAUAUGUACAUACAUAUAUUGAGACAAGCAUUGAUGAAUUUGAUAGAAAUGGAUAUUAUGGAAAA